UUCUGUCGAAGGAGACAGCCCAAGGGUGAGAUGGAAAGUGACAGAUGGAAAUCAGUGAUAGAUCGUCUCCCCGGAGCUGAUCUGCGGGAGACUGUCACAGGACAAGACCCUUGAUUUUACACAGAUUAAAGGGCAGCUGAGAUGCAUGUAAACUACACACUUCAAAGUGCACGCGCGGCAGCCCUGCCUGAGGGCACCUCAGACGAACCUAGCCUGUGUCAGCGGCCACCCCUCUGCUUCCUGGGUUUGAGUGUCCCGCUAAGGCUGAGUCUGUGGUGCCCUGUGGGGUGCCCUUGACCCCUUGACCACUGCCCCACCCGCACUUUUGUUGUGCCAGUGGGGACGGGGCAGUGGUCUCCAACAGUCUGGUCUGUGGCUUUGGAGGAGCCCUGUUGGCACUCCCUGGCCAGGCUGUGCAGAGGCCGGCAGGAACUCAGUCCCUCGGCAGGCACGGAACAGACGCCAGCCUGGGUGUGUGCUGGGCAAUUCCUUCAGGCCCUGCCUGUGCCCAAGGUCUUCAGUCCUGAGCAGUGCUUUCGUUGGGGGGGCUGCAGGUGCCCCUCCUCCUGGCAGCCUGAGGGGUGCGGGCUGAGCUCCUCCCAGAAUUUGGAGGUUGAGUUCAAGGAGGUUAAGAGUGGAAAGUUCCUCGACCAGCAAAACACCUGCAGGAGAGUGCCCCAGUGAGCCCUGGGCUGGAGGUGAUCAGACAAGGGGCUGCCCUGGGGCACGGCCUGUGCACUGCUUUCCAGAGGCUGCACGCCAGAAGGGGAGGGUCAGCAGCCUCCUGCCCCGCGGCUGGACAACCCGCUUGCUGCGAAUCUCGGCGAAUCCCAGCGCCUCAGCGGGGCCUGGAGCUUAGGGAGAAGCGGGCAUGGCCACCCUGGGUCUCAGGGGGGCGAGGGCGGGGGCUGCCCCGAGAGCGGCCCAACCCAGCCAGGGAGGGAGGCGCGCCCCCCUGCCCGCCCGAGCACCGGGGAGGGGGACAGAGGCGGGGGUGGGGACCAGGGCGGCGAGAGGGGCCCCGGGAGGUGGGCGGGCGCGCGGGCGGGGCGGGCAGCGGGCACCUCCUUCAGCACCGCGGACAGCGCCCGGCUCAGUGGCUCCCGGGCUCCCUGCUCCGCACGACGCGGCGGGACUUGGGAGCCCCGAGCCCUCCAGGGGACGCCGACCUAGGAGGAGCGCAGCUCGCGCCACUCGGCCUGGUGGCCGCGAUGCUGCUGGAAACGGGGCUCGAGCGCGACCGAGAGAGGCCUGGGGCCGCCGCCGUCUGCACCUUGGGCGGGACUCAGGAGAUUCCGCUAUGCGCCGGCUGUGACCAGCACAUCCUGGACCGAUUCAUCCUCAAGGCUCUGGACCGCCACUGGCACAGCAAGUGCCUCAAAUGCAGCGACUGCCACACGCCACUGGCCGAGCGCUGCUUCAGCCGAGGGGAGAGUGUCUACUGCAAGGAUGACUUUUUCAAGCGCUUCGGGACCAAGUGCGCCGCGUGCCAGCUGGGCAUCCCGCCCACGCAGGUGGUGCGCCGCGCCCAGGACUUCGUGUACCACCUGCACUGCUUUGCCUGCGUCGUGUGCAAGCGGCAGCUGGCCACGGGUGACGAGUUCUACCUCAUGGAGGACAGCCGGCUGGUGUGUAAGGCGGACUACGAAACUGCCAAGCAGCGAGAGGCCGAGGCCACGGCCAAGCGGCCGCGCACGACCAUCACCGCCAAGCAGCUGGAGACGCUGAAGAGCGCCUACAACACCUCGCCCAAGCCGGCGCGCCACGUGCGCGAGCAGCUCUCGUCCGAGACGGGCCUGGACAUGCGCGUGGUGCAGGUUUGGUUCCAGAACCGCCGGGCCAAGGAGAAGAGGCUGAAGAAGGACGCCGGCCGGCAGCGCUGGGGACAGUAUUUCCGCAACAUGAAGCGCUCUCGCGGCGGCUCCAAGUCGGAUAAGGACAGCGUUCAGGAGGGACAGGACAGCGACGCCGAGGUCUCCUUCCCCGAUGAGCCUUCUUUGGCGGAAAUGGGCCCAGCCAACGGCCUCUACGGGAGCUUGGGGGAACCCACACCCGCCUUGGGCCGGCCGUCGGGAGCCCUGGGCAACUUCGCACUGGAGCAUGGAGGCCUGGCAGGCCCAGAGCAGUACCGAGAACUGCAUCCGGGCAGCCCCUACGGUGUCCCCCCAUCCCCCGCCGCCCCGCAGAACCUCCCUGGCCCCCAGCCUCUCCUCUCCAGCCUGGUGUACCCAGACACCAGCUUGGGCCUUGUGCCCUCGGGAGCCCCCGGCGGGCCCCCACCCAUGAGGGUGCUGGCAGGGAACGGACCCAGUUCCGACCUAUCCACGGGGAGCAGCGGGGGUUACCCUGACUUCCCUGCCAGCCCCGCCUCCUGGCUGGACGAGGUGGACCACGCUCAGUUCUGACCCAGGCCCAGCUCCACCCAGCACCGGACAUGAGGGAGCUGCCCCUGGGUGGGUGGGGAUGCUGGGGGUUUCUGAGGAAGUGGGGCCAGGGCAUCAAGGGAGGGCUGGUGCCUUCCGAGCCUCCCACUGCUGACCACACAGCUCCCUCCCUGGGGGCUGAGGGACCCGCCUGGCCCCUCCUCUGACACAGGGGCUGGCCCGCCAGGUGGCCGCCCAGCAAGCCGGCCUUUUUUGUAAGCAAAUUUCUCCCCUUUAUUGAUAAUUAACCGAGCACUUGCUGCUGUUUCUAGACAUAAAAUGUCACCUUGCUGAGGCCCAGCCCAGCCCGGCAUAGCCCGAGGGCCGAAAAAACGCUUUCAUCUCUAAAACUGAGAAAUCAUCAUAAUCGUGCUUUCACUUCCCAGGCUCCGUAUGUCUCGGAGCCGUCACCCCGAGGCUCCCUCUUUAGGUCAGAGAUUGGCCUUGCCUGUCCAGGCAGGAGGCUGCGGGAUGGGGACACACCUGUCGUCCCUCCUCUCCCCAGACUGUGGGGGGCCUCCCUGCCUCCAGCCCCGCCUUCCCCGGGAGCAGCUUUCCCCAGUCCCCAGGUCUCUAGAUCUUUCUGUUCUUGAGUACCCUGUGGAGGAGGCAAAAAUGCCUGGGGUCCCUUCUCUCCAAGCUCAAUUCUCUAAGCCCCUCAGGGUCUCCUCCUCAGUCCACCCCAGGCCCUUGGUGUCCAGGCUGCACCCACAGAUGUCCGUUGCCAAACAGCCUGCCCUCCCUGCUGGAGCCGGCUCUGCCUGCCCCAGACUGGGAAGUCUCCCCACUGGAGAAGGGUGGGGCUCCUCUGAGCCUGUCCUGCCUCCUCCAUCAGAUCCUUUGGGAAGACACCUGCAGCUGUGUGUGCCCCAGACACAAAGGCUGGCCUGUGUGUAAGUCAAAGUCACUCCCACAAACCUGAAUCUCGAGCUACCUACUGGUUCUGUGAAUGUUCUGUGUCUUUUAUUUAUUCUCGGGUGAUCAGCUCUUUCCAAGACUUCAAUAAAUUUGUCAGUUACAGUCAA